GUGUUCUCAGACUUCACUAACCUCAUACAUGGAGAAAACGCAGAACAAACGAUUGGAGGAGACACCGGAGCCGUGCAAUCAAGAAUUAGGAUGGUCUAUACCCCGGCUCUGCUCUUUGGACACUCUACGUCCGUCCUGACGGAGGAGGAAAGCGUCGUUGACAUGAUAGGAAAGUACCUGCUCCAGUUCACAUCGCCGGGCUCACAAAGCAGCUCUGCCCGGCGGGGGAGCGUCGACAGCUGCGACGAGAGGGAGAACAGCUCGUCAUUUUUCAACCUGGAUGCUGGUUUGGAGUUUGAAGAGCGGUUACUUCAGCAGGAUGUGACGCGGCAGAUGGAGCGCUGUCUGACAGAGGCCAAGGCGUCCUGCCUUCAGUGCCAGGUGCUGCUGCUGCCACGUCAGAUGACUGCCAGGGUCGGUCAGGACGUGGUGACGUCAUCAAUCGAUGAGCCUUGCGGGCUUCGCGGUGCAUCCAUCAAGGUGUACGUGGAGUGUAAAGAUGACCUCAAGUCUGUGGGGACCAUCCUCCCAGACGCGAGUGUCACUCCAACGUUUGAACUGUCUGUGAUCUUCAAGGCGGAGAAGAAUGACGGCUGGCCGUCACUCACACACAUCUUUGAAUCCAACAAAGUGAUGAAGCUGAGGCCAGAGUACCGGCUGGUGAAAAGGAAGCUCUACUCCUCUGCCACUCCUGUUAUCCAUGAUUUCAGAUCGGGGUGAAGUUAACUUGAUAAACCCCUGUUUCACUGUUUGAUUUUUUAUUUUUUUUUGUAUUUGAAUGUAGUUGUUUUUAAAAUGUUGGGCUACAUUCAGUUUGCCCCAACAUGCACUGAACCACACUGUAGUUUCUCUGUAGCAGCAUAUUUGCUUUUACGUUUAAAUGUCUAAAUAGUUUUUCCACUUUAUAACCAAUGACUGCAGUAUUCUGUAGUGAGUUGCUGAAUGUGUACAUGUACACUGUGUAUAAAUGACUUCCUGCUGGGAGUGGGCAGGUCUCACUCCAGACAUCUGCUGCUGUACUUUGUUACAUUUAUUUAUGUCAUUGUAAAAUAAAUGAUGUCCCACCUUA